AUUAUUUUAAUAAAUUAAAAAUUAAUUACUUUACUGUCUUGAUUUAAUUCCUAUCCUCGCAUUGUCAAUACAUAUUUAAUUGGCCAUAUUUAAAAAAAAUGGUACGCAGACAGCGUGAACAUAGCACCACUGAAGACGAAAUUGUUAUCGAUGCUUCUCCCCUCAAGAAACAUAAGCGACACAAGCACAAAAAGAAGAAAAGAAAACCUGACAAUGAAUAUGAUAGUGAUACCUCAAUCGAUGUUUCUUACGAGGAUAUGGAAAAGCCGUUCAAAUUGAAAAACAGAAAGGAUGUACCGGGAACAGCAGCUGAGCUAUUAAAAGCACAAACCAUGAAGUCAUCUGAAUGUCGAAAAUCAAUACCUGGGUCAUCAUCAAGCACUCCUCCUAAAGUUACUUCUAAGAAAAAGAAGGCAAAAGGCCGUGAUAGUGGAACAUCAAGUGAAGAAGAAAGAUGGUUAGAUGCUAUAAAAUCAGGGAAAUUGGAAGAAGUAGAUGAAGAAUUGAAGAAAAUAAAACCAAAAGAUCCCAAGAUGAUGACUGCCAGGCAGAGAGCAAUGUAUGAACGAGGCAAUGAUAAGGAAACAAGUCCAGGUGGUGAAGUCUUACUAGCCCUGCCAUCUGGGUACAAAGAGAAAGUCAUGACAGCGGAAGCACUUCAAAAAGCUGCCCUCAAAUCACAAAAAAGGAAACAGUUAGCUGAUGAAAAGCGAGAAAAAGACAAAAAGAAAACAAUGGACAGACUACUAAAGAAACAAGAAUCUAAAAAUCUGAAGAAUGCUCAAAGGGGGAAACCAGUACGAAAACUGGAGCCAAUGAUUGUUUAUAAAAAUAGCGUAAAUGAGAUUUCAUUGUCACUUCCUCUAGGUGUUCCAUAUCCAAUACAAAGCCAACCACCUAUUGAAGCUUCAAUUCCCAUUAAAUGUGGUGUGGAGGGAUGCAGCAAUAAUAAAAAAUAUAAUUGUUCUAAAACAGGCGUACCACUGUGUAGUCUAGAAUGUUAUAAAAAGAAUUUAGCUGUGAAUGUGACAUGAAUAUAAUUGUACCUACCUAAAAA